UCAAAUAAUUAGAAUAUAAUAGUAUUUUAUCCUCUCUCUCUCUCACAUUCUCAUGUACAGUACAAACAGCACAUAAAGCAAGUAAGAGACAAGGGUGAUACAUACAUAAGACGUCCACCCAAACCGUCUUAAACAUUCCUUUUCCUGCUCUUAUAACCAGUUUCAAGGAAAGGAGCUCAUUUUUACUCUCUUUGAACACAUCAUUUCCUUAUUUCCCUUAUCUUCUUUCAGUUGCAACAUCCAUGGACACUGCUCAAUGGCCACAGGAGAUUGUGGUGAAACCAAUAGAAGAGAUAGUCUCCAACACAUGUCCAAAGCCUGCAAGUUUAGAAAGGAAAGCAAGGCCUCAGAAAGAACAAGCCCUAAACUGUCCAAGGUGCAAUUCAACUAACACCAAGUUCUGCUACUACAACAACUACAGCCUCACACAGCCUAGAUACUUUUGCAAGACUUGUAGAAGGUAUUGGACUGAAGGUGGUUCUCUGAGAAACAUUCCUGUUGGUGGGGGUUCAAGAAAGAACAAGAGGUCAGCCUCUUCUUCUUCUAAUUCUUCCUCCUCUAAUACUUCAUCAAAAAAUAAGCUUCCUGAUUUGGUCACACCCCAAAGCCUGUCACAAUCUUCCACUCAAAACCCUAAGAUCCAUGAAGGUCAUGAUCUAAACUUGGGUUUCCCAACCACACAAGAUUUCAGAACUAUCACAGAAUUGGUUCAAGUACCUAACAUUAAUAAUGAUAACAGCAACAAGAACCAAAUUUCUGGUACUUCUCCUACUACUACCAAUACCACUACUGCAUCUCAUCAACUUUCUGCUUUGGAGCUUCUUACUGGAAUUACUUCAAGGGGUUUCAAUUCCUUCAUGCCCAUGCCAGUUCAGGAUCCAAACUCAGUUUAUACAUCUGGGUUUCCUCUAGUACAUGAUUUCAAGCCAACUCUGAAUUUCUCUCUGGAUGGGCUUGGAGUUGGAAGUGGGUAUGGGAGUUUCCAAGGUGUUCAAGAGAACAGUGGCAGACUUUUGUUUCCAUUUGAAGAUUUGAAACAAGUCUCAAGCACCACAAAUGGUAUUGAACAAAACAAAGAGCAAGGAGAUUCAGCUGGGUAUUGGACUGGGAUGCUAGGUGGUGGAUCAUGGUAAAGAAAGAUAAAAGAUAGCCUGGGUUAUUUUUGGUUUUUCAUUUUUUUUUUCUUCUUCUUUUAAUUAUGGGUCUUAAUUAACCUUCUAUUAAUCGGUGGGUUACUUGUCUGGAUUUUUCAUAGCUAACAGAUAGGAUACAUGGGUUUUUUUUUCUCCUUUUGUUAAUUUCUCUAUUUACUAUUAAUAAUUAAUCUUAUUUACUC